UGCUUCUGCUUUUUCUGUUGUAGAUGAGAUCUCCGAGAUGUGUGAGGUGGAAGACACUCCAGAACCAGUCAGUCCCACGCUGCUCAGUGAGUCCACAGACACCUACUGCCAGACCGACUGCUGGCACCGACUCCGGACCACCGUCCGCAAGCUAGAGUUCUGGGAAGACUUCAGCGCAGAGCUUGUCGGAACCGGCUUCUUCUCCAAGGUCUACAAGGUGAUGCACGGCACCACGAAGAAGGUGAUGGUGGUGAAGAUCUAUAAGAAUGAUGUGGAUCAGAACAGCAUCGUCAGGGAGAUCAGUCUACUUCAGAAACUCUCCCACCCCAACAUAGUGAGGUACCUGGGGAUCUGUGUCAAGGAUAACAAGCUGUACCCAAUUCUUGAGUAUGUGAGCGGAGGCUGUCUGGAGGAGCUGCUGGCCAGGCAUGACGUCAACCUCUGCUGGAGAGAGAAGAUCGAACUGGGCUGUGAUAUCAGCCGAGGAAUGACCUAUCUCCACUACAAGAACAUCUACCACAGAGAUCUCAACUCUAAGAACUGCCUGAUCCGCGUGACCUCGCGUGGCAGGGAGGCCGUGGUCACAGACUUCGGGCUGGCCAGAGAAGUGGGGGAUCUGCCUGCAAAUGACCCUGACAGGAAGUUGUCUCUGGUGGGGUCGGCCUUCUGGAUGGCGCCUGAAAUGCUUAGAGGAGAGCCGUACGACCGCAAGGUGGAUGUCUUCUCUUUUGGGAUCAUGUUGUGUGAGAUCUUAGCAAGAAUCCCUGCCGACCCAGAAGUGCUGCCCAGGACGAAGGUAAACACACAAAGAAAACAGUUUCUACACCUUUUUUCAGCAUAUGCAAAUGAAUACUACUUCAUGUACAAUACACAGAUUGCAUAAUUUAGCACUUGCUAGCUCUGGGAUGGUUACAUACAACCCUUAAGGGAGGCUUGUUAUGUCGCGUGAAUUAAUAUGGUUCUCUUUCCUGCAUUGGGGAUGAAAGUAAGGUCAGACAGAGUGAUUGCGUUCUGGUGUACAGCAGUGUGGUCAUUUACGCUUCAUUAAUGCUGAUGGACAGCCGAUGAUGUCUGGAGGGGAGAGAACAGAUAGAUCUGAUCUAGGUCAAGGGAACCAUCGCACGGAUAUUUAGAUUCUUUAGUAUGGAUUUAUUCAUCGUGCUCUUCUGUCACAUUAAGGAUAAUGAUUUUCUGGUCCAUCUACAUUUUCACUGUAGUUGUUAAUAUAUGUAUGAGACUAAAGACACGUGGUUGUCACGUAUACGCUACCAGUCAAAAGAU